CUGCACCUUUCGCACAACCUUCAUCCGACAACUCAAAAAUUAGAGUCGCCCGACUACUGUGGACAGCGCAUCACAUCGUCUCCAAGGUGAGUCAUUGAUAUUUAUCCCAUUUAUAUGCAAAGCAGAUCGGUCCAUGCCAGCGCAGAUCACUAUCGAUACCGGAUUUCUAAGAGCGUCAGGGCAGGGUGGUGGUCAAAACUCAUUUUCAUCCUGAAUCGAUUUUGAGCUGAGAGUCGCACAACGCAAAGCUGCAUCUUUUCAUUCGUGCCUUUUAGUCUCACAAACUUCACAUCUCACCCUUCAUCAACCCAGCUCUAGGAAUAAGGCUUACAAGUGUUUCAGACUUCCAAUAUCGAGAAAUAUCACGUGAUACUCUUGCUCUAUUCACCGCGGCCUUGUUUAUUUAAUCAUCUAAAGUGGAACAAGAGGGCAGUCGCUCGAUUUGUCAGUCUACUGUAAACUGAAGCUACCUUAAUCUUCAGAAUGGCGAAAGACAAAAAAGGCAAAUCCGAAGGCAAAAAAGCCAAACUCGCUGAAAAGAAAGCAAAACAAGAAAAGAAAGGCGAAAAGAAAGAGAAGAUCCGGGCCUCAAAAUCAGCUGGCAACGACUCAGACGCAGAGGAUAUAGGUAAGUACCCAGAUUCUGGUGAAUCAACUAUCCUAGAAAAAUGUACAAUCAUGAAUACUUCUUCGAUCCCCAAAUCUUCUACCACAAAACCCAUACUAAUCCAACCCGCCAUCUAGACCUCGACGCAGUUCUAGCAGAAUACGCCCUAAAGCAAGCCCAAUUCCUCAAAGUCACCGAAACCCCUUGUGACCCGCCUCGAGCCCGCGCCUCAUCAACACUCCUAGCCUCUCCCUCAAAUGAGAACGAACUAUUCCUGUUCGGAGGCGAGUUCUUCAACGGUGCUCUGGCAACCUUCUUCAAUGAUCUCUAUGUCUACAUGAUCAACAGAGACGAAUGGAGGGUCAUCACAUCACCCAACACGCCUUUGCCGAGGAGUGGCCAUGCGUGGUGUAGAGGUGGCAACGCGGGGGGGAUUUAUCUCUUCGGUGGCGAGUUUAGUAGUCCUAAACAGGGAACUUUCUAUCAUUAUAAUGAUUUCUGGCGACUUGAGCCCGCGACAAGAGAAUGGACUCGGCUAGAAACCAAAGGAAAAUCUCCACCCGCCCGAAGUGGCCACCGAAUGACCUACUAUAAGAACUACGUUAUCCUUUUCGGAGGUUUCCAAGAUACCUCUCUAUCAACCAAGUACCUGGCCGACCUCUGGGUCUACGACACCCAAAACUUCGUCUGGUAUAACCCCGCUAUUCCAUUAGCAACGCAAAAACCAGACGCUAGAUCGUCAUUCUCGUUCUUACCACACGAACAAGGUGCGGUUCUGUAUGGAGGGUACUCGCGUGUGAAAUCAACCGUGACGGGGAAACAGAUGAAAGGCGGUGGUCAGGCGUCAAGGAAUGUUUUAAAGCCUAUGAUUCAUCUCGAUUGUUUUUACUUGAGGGUUGUGCAGCCUGCUGCUGAUGCGCCACCAAAUACACCACCUACUGUUCGCUGGGAACGUAGAAAACGAGCUGCCAAUGCACCGAAUCCUGCGCGGGCAGGUGCUACCAUGGCCCAUCAUAAAGGACGAGGGAUCCAGUUCGGCGGAGUGUAUGAUGUGGAAGAAAGCGAGGAGGGGAUAGAUAGCGAGUUUUUCAACCAACUAUUCGCGUGGAACAUUGAGAGAAAUCGAUAUUUCCCUCUCGCUUUGCGAAAACCACGACUCAACCAAAAGGCUCAAAAUUCCCGCGGUGGGAGAAGAGGGAGAGGACAAGCGAAUGAAGAUGAACUCCUUCGCAAUCUGGCAGCGUUAGAAACAGGCAAAAGUCUUGCGGACGCCGAAGACAUGGAACUCGACCGACCCAAGGAAGACGAGGCUAGCGAGCUUCCUCAGAAAGAGGUUCUCAUGGAGUUUCCGCAUGUGAGAUUCAAUGCCCAACUCACAGUCCAAGACGACGUCCUCUACAUCUACGGCGGCACCUUCGAGAAAGGCGAUCGCGAAUUCACAUUCGACGAGAUGUACUCCAUCGACCUAGGGAAACUCGACGGAUGUAAACAAAUCUUCCGUCGGGAACCCGAGAACUGGUUCGGCAGCGAAGACGGGGAGAGCUCCGAGGACGAAGACGACGAAGACGAAGACGACUCGGAAGAAGACGAAGAAGGCGACAUCCAAAUGUCCGAACCCAGUAAACCCCUCUUCACAGAAUCCAAACGAAAAUCCAAACGCAACCCGUCUAUCUCCGACAUCACUUCCCCGCCGGAAACCCCAACCUCCUCCGUCUUCGACGAUACACCAACCGAGGAUUCAGCCAUGGAACCAGAUGACAACCUCCCCCACCCGCGCCCCUUCGAGUCCCGCCGCGAGUUCUUCGUCCGCACGACGAAUGAAUGGCAGGAACUCCUUAUGACGGCUCUGCGAUGGAAGGGGGUCCAACCUGAGACGUUGAGUGUGAAGGAGAUUAAGACGAGGGCUUUUGAGAUGAGUGAGGAGAAGUGGUGGGAUUGCAGGGAGGAGAUCACGAGGUUGGAGGAUGAGCAGGAUGCUGCGGGGAUUGGCGAGGUGGUUAGGCUGGAGGAUAGGGAGGGUGCUGGGGGUGGGGUGGGGAGGAGGAGGUNCGAGGUUGGAGGAUGA